AUGGCAAGUAAUAAUGUUUUCACUUUAUUACCGUACAAGACGAGAAAAGAUGCUAUUAGGAAAUCUGUUUUGCAAAAAUAUGAUAUAGUGGGAUAUAUUGCAUCAGGUACUUAUGGAAGAGUUUACAAAGCUAAAUCAAAAGAACCUAAAAAUUCGGGAUUAUUUGCAAUUAAAAAAUUUAAAGCUGAUAAAGAAGGGGAAGUUGUUUAUUAUACAGGGAUAUCUCAAUCAGCAUCAAGAGAAAUGGCAUUAUGUCGUGAACUAAACAAUAAGAAUAUAACCAAGUUGAUUGAAAUCAUUUUGGAGAAUAAAUGUAUCUAUAUGGUUUUUGAAUUUGCUGAACAUGAUUUAUUACAAAUUAUUCAUUUCCAUUCACAUCCUGAUACAAAACCAAUACCCGAGCAAACUGUUAAAUCUAUAAUGUGGCAAGUGUUGAAUGGUGUUUCUUAUUUACAUCAAAAUUGGGUGUUACAUAGAGAUUUAAAACCUGCAAAUAUCAUGGUUACAAGUGAAGGUGUUGUUAAAAUUGGUGAUUUAGGUCUAGCCAGAAAAUUCAACAAUCCAUUACAAUCGUUAUAUAAUGGUGAUAAAGUUGUUGUUACCAUCUGGUAUAGAGCACCUGAAUUAUUACUAGGUGGAAGACAUUAUACUCCAGCAAUUGAUCUAUGGGCUGUUGGAUGUAUAUUGGCUGAAUUAUUAGCACUGAGACCAAUUUUUAAAGGUGAAGAAGCUAAAAUGGAUAACAAGAAAAAUGUUCCAUUUCAAAAAAAUCAAAUGCAAAAAAUUGUGGAAAUUUUAGGAACUCCAUCAAAAGAUAAAUGGCCUUCAUUACCUAAAUAUCCAGAAUAUCCUGCAUUACAACAAUUUAAACAAUUCCCAUCCAAUUUACAAGCAUGGUACCAAUCAAUUGGUGCUUCAAACAAGCGAGGAUUAUUACUUUUACAAAGCUUAUUAGAAUAUGAUCCUGCAAAGAGAAUGACUGCAUUUGACGCAUUAUUGCAUCCUUAUUUCUUAGAGAACCCAAGAGUUUCAGAAAACAUUUUCGAAGGACAACAGUUUAAAUAUCCAUUAAGAAGAAUCCAAUUUGAUGAUAGUGAUAUCACUUCAGCUGCUCCAACUAUGAAGAGAGGGUUGAAUUCUGAUCAUGAUUCAAUACAUUCGAGAAAGAGACAAAAAUGA